AUGGACAACAUCGAGCCAUUAGAUGAGGCAAUUUACCUUAUAGAGAUAAAUGAAGUUGUUAAGCAGUACUUGGGCAAGGACAAAGCCAACAAGUCCCUCGGCUGCUGGUUGUCUGGAAGAGGUGCGCUGA